AUGAGCUUAAAGAGUUUUUCAAGCAGCAGUAGCAUUCUUAUAGCAGAAAGUGAAGAGCCACAUGAUAUUGAAAGGCUACAAGGAGAAAUCAGUAUAAUAAGCUCCUUGAAUGUUUAUUAUCGUUUAAACAGGGAAUUCAAGAUGAUAGGAAGGCCAGAAUUAACAGAGCGAAUGCUUAGGCGUAUCACAAAAUGUGAUCAAAUCCCAAAGGACUUCCAAACAAGACCUUUAUAUAUAAACUUAUCAGGAAUUAUUGAUGAACUUAUGCUAAAUGAGCUAGAGAUUGCACUAUGGGCAAUUUAUUUAGAAAACUUAGUACAGCAUAUAAGGCAAAACAGUUUUUCAACUCAGAUAGCAUUGAACCUUUGCGCAUGUACUUAA